AUGGUUUACUUCAACAGCCCGAAGUUGAAUCAAAGUAAUCAGCCUAGAAACACAGAGCUUCAACUAUCUACACCCCAGAUUAAUUGUAGUAUAUCUUCAAAUACAAAUUCGAAUUCAUUAAGAUGUUCAACAUCAUCUGGCUCGACCACAAUUUGGCAGAUAAGUAGUUCAAGAACGUCUUUAGCUAGUUCAACAGCACUUAUUUCGAACAAUAGUAGUUUUUCAUCUACAUCGAUCGGAGACUCUACAUCUAUACAAAUAUCAAACAAUUCUAACACCAAUUUGCCUGUUACGUGUUCUACAGUCCCAUCUUCAACAGCUUCAUCACCACAAAGUACAAUAUCGCACUCAGCUAAUGGAGAAUCUGAAACUAAAACAAACGUUACCUCAAACUCACACCCCCCUUCACAUAAACCACUCUCAGUCACAGAGGCCGUGCAACAGGCCGCACCCCCGGGGGGAGAUCACAAACGUAAACCCGGUCGACCACCAACCUACGCUGAGCUAGGAAUCGUGACCGAUCGACCAAAAGUUCCAGAAUACGCUCUCAAAGUGAAGCGCUUGGAGAGUUUUCAAAACUGGCCCAGUGAUCAUCAUCUAACCAAAGACGUUCUGGCUGAGGCAGGAUUGUACUAUGCAGGUUACGGCGACUGCGCGCGGUGUUUCUACUGCCACCUGGGACUCAGGUGCUGGGAGAAAGACGACGAUGCGUGGGUGGAACACGCCAGGUGGAUGCCCAGGUGUGCCUUUGUACGUCAGAGCCUAGGUCAAGACUUUAUAGACGCGGUGCAGAAGUUGAACGAAUCACAUGAAAAGAUUACAUUACACUCUGUGAAAUCUGAAAUGGGAGCAAGCUACCAGCUGAGUAAAUUAGGCUGCGAGCAGAAUGGUAGUCUACUCAGAGACGCCGCUGUCCGGUCAGUCGUAGAGAUAGGAUACUCGUCGGUGGAUGUUUUAAUUGCUGCACAGACCAUUAAAGAAAAUAAUGGACAACUGUCUGCCGAUGAGAUUUUGGAGGAAUUGCGAGAAUCUGGUUCCACGAGAAAAACAUUUAUUCAGUCCCGCGAAGACUUGGAACCGCUGGAUGAAGCUGAAAAUAAAGAACAUCUGAGGAUAAUCAAAGAGAAGAAUCUUCAGCUACGUCAUCAAACGACGUGCAAAAUUUGCAUGGACAGGGAGGUCAACGUUGUCUUCCUACCCUGUGGCCACCUGGUCUCCUGCAGUGAGUGUGCCUUUGCCAUGAAGGACUGCCCCGUCUGCAGGAAGAAAAUCCAAGGAACUGUUCGGGCCUACAUCGGUUAAGGCCUUCC